GAUUGUUGCUUUAUGAGUAUGCUGGGUUUCGUUUAUCUCUUUUUGAUACUCGGUUGGAUUCUGAUUGUGUUAUUCCUUAAGUGUAAAAAGUCAAUUACACCACAUUUUGCCUUCACCGAAAACUAUACGGACGCGAUUGCAGCUGAUCGUCGUCCUUCAGUUCAUAUCAUACAACUAUCACCGGAAGAAAUGGAUAACGAAGAACAAUUCAUGGACUCAUAUCAUCAACGCAGCCAGAGCGUUCGACGUCAUUCAAAUCGCUCACAACGAUCCACUCUGCCCGAUGAGCGGACCGUGGAAACAACAUAUCCAACAGAUGCAGUUGUGAAUCCAGCUUAUAUGCACGAUGAAGAGUACAUCAUUAAUGCACCACCCCCUUCGUACGAAGAAGUUAUGCGUCAACCAGAAGUAUACCCCAAAGUGCAUCACAGUACGAGUAAAGUGAGCGACGCGAAUAUCUAAGGGUUGCAUAUCCGUACUACCAUCGGGUUAAGUACUACAAGCGAGCACGUAUGAGCAUUCUGCAUACAUUUGUACAUAUGUAAAUUAACACUUUCUG